AUGAGUGAUAAGAAAGAGAUACGACAGAGGGUUUUGUUCAGAGAGCUGCCAGACCUCAGCAGCUUCUCCUCUCCUCCUCACUCUCUGAUGAUGGAGACCCCGGAAGGAGCUGAACUCUGCUUUCCACAACUCCUCAACACCUCCUGCGGGAAGCCGAAGCCUCCUGAGUCCGAGGCCAUGAUCAUUCACAUCCUGAUGUCCUUCAUCGCUUUGCUCACUGUGGCUCUCAACCUGCUGGUCAUCAUCUCCAUCUCCCACUACAGGCAGCUCCACACCCCCACCAACCUCGUCCUCCUGUCUCUGGCUGUCUCAGACUUCCUUGUGGGCCUCCUGCUCAUACCAAUUAAAAUCCUCCUCACAUGGGUCUGCUGGUUUCUGGGGGAACACAUGUGUGCUGUGCGUUACUGUACUUCCUUUAUUGUCACCAUUGCCUCAGUAGGAAACAUGGUGCUCAUAUCAGUUGACCGCUAUGUGGCUAUUUGUCACCCUCUGCAUUACCCCACCAAAGUCACUCAGAGCAAAGCUAAAGUCUGUGUUUGUGUGUGUUGGAUUGGUUCUGUUCUCUCUACAAGUUACCUUCUAAAAGAUUUACUGAGACAACCAAACAGAUAUAUGUCUUGUCAUGGAGAGUGUGUGAUUGUUAUUGACCUCAUCACUGGAACUGCUGACUUUGUUAUGAACUUUUUCCUUCCCAUUACUGCCAUCAUAGUUCUGUACAUCAGAGUGUUUGUGGUGGCUGUGUCUCAGGCUCGUGCCAUGAGAUCCCACAUUGUGUCUGUCACUCUGCAGCCUUCAGGGACUGGAACUGCUAAGAAAUCAGAGCUGAAAGCAGCCAGGACUCUUGGUGUUGUUGUAUUUGUGUUUCUGAUAUGUCUCUUUCCAUAUUACUCUCCCUCUCUUGCAGGCCAGGAUUACACAGUUGGUCCCUCAUAUUUGUCCUUCGGGAUUUGGUUGAUGUUUUGUAACUCCUGUGUAAAUCCUUUGAUCUAUGCCUUUUUCUACCCCUGGUUCAGAAAAUGUAUUAAGCACAUAGUUACACUUCAGAUCCUGCAGCCUGACUCCUGUGAGGCCAACAUACUGUAA